CGUUAUUCCUGCGUUUUUUUUCAGCGCUUUUUAGCUUUUUUCCAUGGCUUCUGGAAUCGCAUAGUCACAUCACAUUCGCAGCAGCCAAACCAAACCACACCGAAACCUCCAAAACCCUAGCACGCCACCGUCCAUGGCGACGACACGAUCCGCGCCGCUCCUCAAGCACCUCCUCACCCGUCUCAACCCUUCUCGCUCCGUCACGUACAUGCCCCGUCCCGGCGACGGCACCCCUCGCGGCGUGACGCUGAUCCCGGGCGACGGAAUCGGGCCUCUAGUAACCGGCGCGGUGGAGCAGGUGAUGGAGGCGAUGCACGCGCCGCUGUACUUCGAGAAGUACGAGGUGCACGGCGACAUGAAGGCGGUGCCGGCGGAGGUGCUGGAAUCGAUCAGGAAGAACAAGGUAUGUCUGAAGGGAGGACUGGCCACUCCCAUGGGCGGUGGAGUGAACUCGCUGAACGUGCAGCUGAGGAAGGAGCUCGAUCUCUACGCCUCGCUCGUGAACUGCUUCAACCUCCCUGGCCUCCCCACGCGCCACGACAACGUUGACAUCGUCGUCAUCAGGGAGAACACCGAGGGCGAGUACUCCGGCCUCGAACACGAGGUCGUCCCCGGCGUGGUCGAAAGCCUCAAGGUAAUAACAAAGUUCUGCUCAGAGCGCAUUGCUAAAUAUGCUUUUGAGUAUGCUUACCUAAAUAACAGAAAGAAGGUGACUGCUGUGCACAAAGCAAACAUUAUGAAACUUGCAGAUGGUUUAUUCUUGGAAUCUUGUCGAGAGGUUGCCACAAGGUAUCCUGGAAUCAAGUACAAUGAAAUUAUUGUAGACAACUGCUGCAUGCAGCUUGUUUCAAAACCGGAGCAGUUUGAUGUCAUGGUAACCCCCAAUCUUUAUGGAAAUCUUGUUGCAAAUACAGCGGCAGGUAUUGCUGGAGGCACUGGAGUCAUGCCGGGAGGUAAUGUUGGGGCUGAUCACGCUGUGUUUGAACAAGGUGCUUCAGCAGGAAAUGUUGGCAAUGAUAAAGUAGUAGAACAACAGAAAGCGAACCCAGUGGCACUCCUUCUCUCGUCGGCCAUGAUGCUUAGACAUCUCCAGUUUCCUGCAUUUGCUGACCGAUUGGAAACUGCCGUUAAAAAAGUGAUUCUGGAAGGCAAAUAUCGGACAAAGGACCUUGGAGGGACAAGCACCACCCAAGAGGUUGUUGAUGCAGUGAUAGAUGCUUUAGACUGAUUCAUUUAUUUUCUCAUCUUCCAAACGAAAUCAGCCUCGUGUAUUUUUGGCUAACUAAUUUUAUCAACAUUAUUUUUGCACCCUUUAUCUGCGAAAUUGCCAUUUUUUUGGUCCAUAAUAAUGUUAAAUAUUCAACACAAAAACCGAUAUGAUAAGAAUUUAUAGAGUUUGAUAGCUGGUGUUUGUUACUA